GACGCCAACCACCACGACCACCGCUUGGAAAACCUCUUCUGCCCCUUACACAUUGCAAUGACGGUUCCAUAGAACACCUGUUUCCUGGCACAGCUCUAAGCCCGUCGUAGCCAUCAUGACGCCCGCCGACCUGACCAAUACGAUGCUCUGGUUGCUGCUAUGCUUUGCCAUGUGGGCGGGGCCUAAGGAAGCCCUCACUACCCAAUCCAAUGAGCGGCGAGUUGUUGCCCACAUUCGUGAUAUCAUCAUCGGAGCGCUGUUCUCCGUGCACCACCAACCCCCUGCGGACAAGGUGCACGAGCGCAAAUGCGGCGCGGUGCGCGAGCAGUACGGCAUCCAGCGCGUGGAGGCCAUGAUGCACACGCUGGACCGCAUCAACGCCGACCCCCGCAUCCUGCCCAACAUCACGCUGGGCUGCGAGAUCCGCGACUCCUGCUGGCACUCGGCCGUGGCCCUGGAGCAGAGCAUCGAGUUCAUCCGCGACUCCCUGGUCUCCUCCGACGAGGCCGACGAGUGGGGGGCCGGGGGGGUUCACGGUGGAGGAGGAGGAGGCGGUGGGGGAGCAGGAGGAGGAGGAGCUCCCAGGUGUGCGGACCCGGCGGCCACGCCCAUGAGGGGGAAGAAGCCCAUCGUGGGUCUGAGGCCGGGGUCCAGCUCGGUGGCCAUCCAGGUGCAGAACCUCCUGCAGCUGUUCAACAUCCCGCAGAUCGCCUACUCCGCCACCAGCAUGGACCUUAGCGACAAGAGCCUGUUCAAGUAUUUCAUGAGGGUGGUGCCCUCAGACGCUCAGCAGGCCAGAGCCAUGGUUGACAUUGUAAAGAGAUACAACUGGAGCUACGUGUCCGCCAUACAUACUGAAGGUAACUACGGCGAAAGUGGGAUGGAAGCUUUCAAGGACAUGGCAGCCAAAGAAGGAAUCUGUAUUGCACAUUCUGGUAAGAUCUGGAGCAACGCCGGGGAGCACAGCUUCGACCGGCUGCUGGAGCGGCUGCGGGCCCACCUGCCCAAGGCCAGGGUGGUGGCCUGUUUCUGCGAGGGCAUGACCGUCCGCAACAUCCUCAUGGCCAUGCGGCGGAAGGGCCUUGUGGGGGAGUUCCUUCUGAUCGGCAGCGACGGCUGGGCCGACCGCUACGACGUGACGGACGGCUACGUCCGCGAGGCGGCGGGGGGCAUCACCAUCAAGCUCCAGUCGGCGGACGUCAAAUGGUUCGACGACUACUACCUGAAGCUGCGGCCGGACAACAACCACCGCAACCCCUGGUUCCCCGAGUUCUGGCAGCACCGCUUCCACUGCCGGCUCAAGGGACACCCCCAGGAGAACCCCAAGUACAACCGCACCUGUAGCAAGCGCGAGUCUCUUCGCCAGCAGUAUGCCCAGGACACUAAGAUGGGGUUUGUGAUAAACGCCAUCUACUCCAUGGCGUACGGCCUGCAUAACAUGCAACAAGCCCUCUGCCCCGGCUACCAGGGCCUCUGCGAUGCGAUGCGACCCAUCGACGGAGCCACACUGCUGGAUUUCCUCAUGAAAACCAACUUCACAGGCGUGUCCGGGGAGGGGAUCCUGUUCGACGCCAACGGAGAUUCACCUGGCAGGUAUGAGAUCAUGAAUUUCAAGAAGAUGGGCAAGGACUACUACGACUACAUCAAUAUCGGCACCUGGGACCGCAGGGGCUUGAGGAUAGACGACGACGAGGUCUGGGCCAGCAAGGACGCCAUCCUGAAGUCUGUGUGCAGUGAGCCCUGUGAUAAAGGACAGAUUAAGGUGAUCCGUAAAGGCGAGGUGAGCUGCUGCUGGACCUGCACCCCCUGUAAGGAGAACGAGUUUGUGUUCGACGAGUACACCUGCCGCGCCUGUGAACUUGGCUCCUGGCCCACCGACGACCUCACAGGCUGUGACCCAAUCCCAGUGGAGUAUCUGCGCUGGGGGGAUCCUGAGCCAAUCGCUGCCGUUGUCUUCGCCUGUCUGGGCCUCAUGUUCACAUUCUUCGUGACGGCUGUCUUCAUCAGGUUCAGAGACACCCCGGUGGUGAAGUCCUCCAGCCGGGAGCUUUGCUACAUCAUCCUGGCUGGGAUCUGUCUGGGCUAUCUGUGCACCUUCACACUCAUCGCCAAGCCCCACGUCAUGCACUGCUACCUGCAGCGGCUGGGCAUCGGCCUGUCCCCCGCCAUGAGCUACUCUGCCCUGGUCACCAAGACCAACCGCAUCGCGCGGAUCCUGGCCGGCAGCAAGAAGAAGAUCUGCACCAAGAAGCCGCGCUUCAUGUCGGCCUGCGCCCAGCUCAUCAUCGCCUUCCUCCUCAUCCUGCUGCAGCUGGGUAUCAUCGUGGCUCUGUUCCUCAUGGAGCCCCCGCAGGUGAUCCACGACUACCCCAGCAUCCACCAGGUCAACCUGAUCUGCAACACCACCAACCUGGGGGUGGUGGCGCCGCUGGGCUACAACGGCCUGCUCAUCCUCAGCUGCACCUUCUACGCCUUCAAGACCCGCAACGUUCCGGCCAACUUCAACGAGGCAAAGUACAUCGCCUUCACUAUGUACACCACCUGCAUCAUCUGGCUGGCCUUCGUGCCCAUCUACUUCGGCUCCAACUACAAGAUCAUCACCAUGUGCUUCAGCGUCAGCCUCAGUGCCACCGUGGCACUCUGCUGCAUGUUUGUGCCCAAGGUGUACAUCAUCCUGGCCAAGCCGGAGCGCAAUGUGCGCAGUGCCUUCACCACCAGCACCGUGGUGCGCAUGCACGUGGGCGACGGCAAGUCCUCCUCGGCCGCCAGCCGCUCCUCCAGCCUGAUCAACCUGUGGAAGAGGAGGGGCUCCGCCGGAGAGACGCUGAGCUCCAACGGUAAGUCGGUGUCCUGGGCCCAGACGGAGCGCAGCAGCUCCCGGGGGAACCACCUGUGGCAGCGGCUCUCCUUCCACAUCAAGCGCAAGGAGAGCAACCAGACGGCCGUGAUCAAGCCCUUCACCAAGAGCUCGGAGGGCCGCUACUGCGGCGCCGGGGACCUGCCCCCCCACGUGCCCCUGCCCUCCAUGCCCUCCAUGCCCUCCUUCUCCAUGCACACCGACCCGGGCACCGACAAGACCCUGUACGACCUGUCGGAGGACGAGGAGCGCUACCCCAUCGCCUACCGCUCGCAGACGCCCUCGCCCAUCAGCACCGUCAGCCAGCGGCUGGGGGCGGGGCUGGGGGAGGAGCCCCCGGUGUUGAUCGCGCCUCAGUACGGCGGCGUGCCCGUGGUGGGCGGGGUCGUGGGCGGCGUGGUCGGGUGCGUGCCCGGGGGCGUGGCAUGCGUCUCGGUAGGCGGGCCGGCGGUCGCCAGGGGCGACUGUCACGUGGUCGCCGGCGCCGCCGUCGUCCACCCGGGCCAGAGCUCCCUGAUGGACCAGAUCAGCUGCGUGGUGAACCGCUUCACCGCCAACAUCUCGGAGCUCAACAGCAUGAUGCUGACCGCCUCGCCCACCCACUCGCACGCGCACACACACCUCCCCCCCGACCCGUACCACCCCGCCGACCCCUACCAACCCGCCGACCCGUACCUGCUGCCCCGCGACCUCCAGAUGCCCCCCACCCUCAUCGCCUACGCUGACAUCCAGCCCCUCCCCCCCGUGGAGUCCGGCCACGGCGGCCUCCCCCUCCACAUCCCCCCUCCCCCGCCCCACUCGCCGUACCCGCCCCCUUACCCCGUGCACCACCACCACCACCACCACCACGGUCUCCCGCUGGCCUCCCCCCGGUCCCGCUCCCCCAUGCGGGGGCUGGGCGGCCCCCCGUCCCCCUGCUCCGCCGACUCGCCGCUGCGGCGGGCCGAGCUGGAGGAGGAGCUGAUGAUGGCGCUGACCCCGCCCUCCCCGUUCCGGGACUCCCUGGCGUCCAGCAGCGGCUCCCCCGUCUCGGAGCUGGGCAUGUAUCUCCCGCCGGCGCCCUCCCACCCGCCGCCGUCGCCGCCCUCCCCCCGCUACAGCAGACUGAGCCUGCGGAACUACAGCCAGAGCUCGUCCUCGCUGUGAGGGCCCCGCCCCGCCCGGCCUGCAGGGGAGGGGCCCCGCGGAGACACAGGAGAGCAGAGGAGACGCGGCGACCACACGUCAUGGACCCACCCAGCCAGACAGCCGGUGGAGGGGGAGGGGGGACGCGGCGAGCUCCUCCUGUCCGUCCCCAGGUGAGGGAGGGGGAUGAGGGGACGGUGCUGCGGUCAUCAGGCGGUCACACUGCUGUGUUUGUGUUUACAGUACAUUAAGGGUUUUCAGUGAGGUGCACAUACCGGACCCUGCCACUGUUUCCUAGUGUUGUCUCUCAAGAGAGGGUGAGAGCGAGAGGACUUAAACUGCCCCCCCCCACACACACACACACACACACACACACACACACACACACACAUGCACAUACAUUCACACACACAUACACACACACACACACACACACACACAUUCCACCCGAUUCCAUUGACCUACAGUAAAUCGUUUUGUUGUCCGUAAAUUGCCAGAAGUGGUUCUCUAGAGCAGUCUAGUGCAGUGAUGUUACAAAGGUAGUGGCCUUAAGUGAACACGGCUGACAACUAAUUAGAACUUAUGUGUCUGUGUAUGUGUGUGUGUGUGUGUGUGUGUGUGUGUGUGUGUGUGUGUGUGUGUGUGUGUGUGUGUGUGUGUGUGUGUGUGUGUGUGUGUGUGUGUGUGUGUGUGUGUGUGUGUGUGUUUGUUUGAGAGCAUGAAUCCAUGAAUCUGGUGGAGAGAGAUUGAGAUUGUACAGGUUUCACUAAGACCCCCCCAUACACACACAUGCAAACACACACACACACACACACACACACACACACACACACACACACACACACACACACACAUGCACACUCAAUAACAUAACCUUAAAACAUAUAAUAAUUUCAGACCCAGUCUCUUGUUGAUCUUUUCUAUUCUAUCUUUUAUUUUUGUUUUACUUUAUGCAGGCCAUGGUUUUGGAACUUUCUUUGAGUUUGGGUUGAAUGUUGGUUUCUUGUGGAGCAGAAGGGACCAAAUCGUUGUGAUGGACAAAUGAGGGACAACGACUUGCAGUUCUGAUGUCUUUCAUUCUGAUGAUAAUUAAGCGUAGCCAGCAAGAGACGUAUUAUAGUAUAACCAACGUUGUCCUAACAACUUUAAGCAGAAAUUGACCUUGUCAGUUUAUUUCCUCUAAUUUAUGUUUCCAUAUGUCUUUAAGACAUUUUUUGUUUACUUCUUCAUCUCUUUUGAAACCAAUUAUGAAGAGAUGGAAUAUGCGUCAUCGUCCUUUUUUUAAGCUAAUUAUUCCGCUUUGAAUAGGUAUAUGCAGGCCUAUCAUUGGAGUAUCUCUGAGCUCCCAAAGUAAAGAGGAUACGAGGCUCUGUCAUUAUGCUCAGGCGGCCGGAUAAAAAGGAAGAAGAAGGGUUAAUGUGCUGCACCUGUGUGCCUAGUUACCCCCACGGACCACGGAUUCACUCAGCCAAUUAAUCCUGCCCACACGUCUUUAAUUAAAGCAGAUUCACAGCAUUGUCCUGAAGAGAACAGUCUGCCUGAUUUUGCCCAUGUUUUAUUUAAAUCGACUGCAGGUCUGGGACCGACGGGGUCGGACAGGCUAGACAAGAUGGCAGCUGGCUUGUGUAAUAAAAGCCUCUGAAUGUAUUCAGAAUAAUAACAAUAAUGAGUUAAAAAGCAUUAUUUAUCAAGAACCUGGUUUACAUGCAGACAGUGAAUUUAUCCCCCACCCCCCAAAACAACAAUAGACGCAAACACAAUUAUCUCGGUUGUAAUGCAGUUAUAUAAAGGGGUCAUUUUCUCCAUGAAAUAUGUUGGGGGAAUUGCACAGUGGUUCUGAGACACUUCAGAGAAACGUGGCUUUCAAUUGUUUUGCAGCGUCCUCAAUAGUGGUAAGCUAUUGGUUAAUAUGUUGAAAAUACUAUCAAGAAAUGAAAUAAAACAAACACAACCCAAUUGAGACACGGUCAAAUAACUACACUGCCUGUGAGAUGGGCUGAAGAGAGAGAGAAAGAGAGAUCUUGUUUUAUAUUUAUUUAUCUUGUUUAAUUGAAUGUAUAUAGCUGUGCUUCUUUGAAUAUGAUCUAAAGUCCACUCUGUGUUGAUACAAAGCAAUGAUACAUUAUUCAGCUAGUGAGACUAAUUAGUGACUUCUGAGUUCGUUAGCGUAGCGAUGCUAGCUCUACAACAGCCAAGCAGAGAACACUCUACCACAUUUAUUAGUAGCUAAUAAGGGCAUGCAAAAGAGUUUGUAUUUAUUUCCUGUAUUUUGCAUGAAAACGUUUAGUCACGCAGAACAUAUUGAGGGCAAAAAUACUACAUAAAGAGGCUUGACAUAAUACAAUACAGAUAAAUACAAAAUUGUGUUAAUACAAUGAAUGCGUAAAAUUCCUUUUCAAUGGUAUUCAUUUCACAAUAAAAUUAAUGUUGCUUGAAACCAUUUUAACAUGAAUACAUUCCGUAUAAAUAGUAGCAAUAGUAACGAUACAAAUAGAAAAUACACGCCUCUUUUAUGACUGAGAGAUUUGCAGGGUUAUUCAUUCUCCGUCCCUCUAAUCACCGCCAUGCGAACAAUUGAUCUGCAUGAUUGUCACGUUUCUUGCACAGAUAUCUUUCUUAUAAAGGGGUUAGGUCGUAUUCAAAAUAGCUGUGCUCCAAAUUGAAGGGGCAUUCAAUUCAACCCUACAAUUCAGCGCUGUAUCUUCUCUACGUUCCACAUACAUUUUUCGGCAGAUUUUAGACACAAUGUGAGGGCAAGGGAGAGGGGUGUGUUAUGUUGUUUAUCCAUUUCUUGAUCACCCUAAAUCUUCUUGAUUUUGUUCUUUAACGCUGACUAACAGGCACUGUUUAUAAUGUAACACGAAAAAAACGAAAGGCUCUAAUAUCUAGAGUCAAAGUCAGCUUUAUUGUAAAUCACCAAAUAUGUUGAAGACAAAUAUAGAACUAUCUAAACUCUAUCUGAUCAUUUUCAAGUGAGGCACGUUUAUAAAAUAACAGACUCCUGUCGACCAUCACCAUGUAGUGUUAAGUCAUAGCUUCCAGGUCACCCACAACAUGGAGACUGCUCAACAUGGAUCUAGAUAACACUAGUGUUAUUGUUGUUGUUGUUGUUGUUGUUAAGUAUACACGAUACUGCCACCUUAUGAAUGGGAAAACCUGGCAUAGACAGUAGAGUAGCCAUUGCAAAGAUGCUAUUGGUGUUAGGGGGGAAAUAUCUUGUUUUUGCGUUACAUGCUGAGGGUUGUUGUCACUGCCCCACUGUUGAUGGUGUUGCUGAUGGUGAAGCAGCAUGCCUACUUCAGCACUUUAGCAGCGUGUUACGAGUCCCAUGGGUGGUGUUUGACAGGUCAGCUGCUGCCUCUGCAGAAAAGCCCAGGAUCAGCGCUUAGAUGUACUGCCAUCCGAGCCUCCUCAAAGGCCUCAGUCCUGGGAGAGCCCGUUCUGCUAGGAGAAGAACAUGUUACCAAGACGGGCUCUCGGGAAGAAAGGGUAUCUGCUUGGUGAGAGCUCGCCUGUUAGGGGACUGUGAGAUUGACAUUGUAUAUUGAGAGCCUGUCUUGGUAGUGUGCUCUCCCUCUAGUCGAGUGAGUUAAUCCCCAUGCUAGCAGUACAGCAUUCAAUUUUGAGGCACUAGUCCAAACAGGUAUGAUACAUUUCGUCCGGAAAAAUGGUUCUGCUGUUGGUUUGCAGUCAUCGCCUUUGUCUAAUUCACAGCAAGCAACAUGCCAAGCUGCAUCAAGCAUUUUGUCAGCCUUCUUACAAACCUGAACAAACCUGCACUACUAAAUACCUGCAGCUUUAAUAAACAUAAACACAUACUUAGCUCUCAUAUGACGUUAUUUAUGCUAAUUUGGUCAGUAUCUACUUUACAUGAAAGGUGUAAACAGCUAGCUAGCUAGGACGCGGACCACUGAUGAAAAGGUAUGUUUCAAAGUCAUUGGUAGACUGUUAUUAUUUCUGUUAUUGUCAUCCACAUACACGUUUUCUGAGGAACAUUAGACUGGUGCCGCUAAUCAGCCUCAGUGUAUUCAAUGUCCUCCAAUAAAACGGAGGGAUGUGUGUUUACCCUGUAAACAGCACUAGACUGGGUCAUUGGGUCAGUGUGCAGUCCACCUCACAAACCCUUCUCGAACACUCAUAAGUCAUUCUGUUAUAAUAUUUGAUCUUGGGUGAUUUCUUACUCUCAGUGCUUAGCUUAGUGAGAGAGAAAAUAAGUCAGGAAAUAAAAAGACAAACCUUCUUGAAUAGCGCUCCAAAUAUUAAUAUUAAUAUUGGUUAAAAUUUCAGUUUACAUUUUACAAAGCAUUCCAGUUUGUUUGUGUGUGUGUGUGUGUGUGUGUGUGUGUGUGUGUGUGUGUGUGUGUGUGUGUGUGUGUGUGUGUGUGUGUGUGUGUGUGUGUGUGUGUGUGUGUGUGUGUGUGUAUGUAUGGUUGUGCGUGUAUGUGUGCGUCCGUGCAUGCGGAAGCCUUGACUCUGUAAUGUCUCAAAUUUUCUGCAUUCAUAAGAUGGCCUUUGUGUGUUUUGGGGAAGGACCCAGUUCUGCGGAAAGUGCUUUAAUCAUCCUUAUUCACCAAGCCUGAAUCUUGGAUCUAAAUCAACAUUCAGUUACCCCACUCAACAGCAGUUUAGGACAAAGAUGGCCGCUACGUGCAAGGCCAAAGGGAACCCUGAAAAUAGUUGCAGUAUGGAUGGCUUAUGAAUCAUCAACCAUAUUUUUGUAUGUGUGCGUAUGUCAAGCUGCUUAUUGGAAUGUUGCUUUUUAUAUCUACAAGUGGCGUGUUUUAAUAUGUGAUCCAAUCAAACAGACCAAAGCUGUUUGUUUGUAAGUAGGCUAGUUCAAGCUCUAUGGAGAUAGAACUUGAGAUUGAUAUUUUUCCAGUGUGGAGUGUGUAUUAUAAUCACUUGAGAAGACUUGUUCAUUCAGAAAAAAAGAUUCUGAGAGGUUUGAUCAGGAUGAUUGGGGAUAUCUCUGAGGCAGGUCCGCCUGUCUCUUCUUAGCUUGUUGGAUAUUUCACACGCAGAAAGGGUGAGUGUCUGCAUCUCCAGUAUUGCCAGUAUUUGUGGAAUUAAAGUAAUAAAGAAAAAAGAAGGGAUAAAAGACCUCAGAUGUCACCAUUGAUGAAGGAGUUGUACCAACCUCAACUGUGAUGUCAUGCCGGGUGUUGACCUAUCCUGCUGCGGCAUGGCAGGCUAUCAGCCAAUAAGGUAACGAGGCGGUUCCUUUAGUGAUAGUCCAACGAUACACCCUUUUAUGCUCUCUGUAUUUUCUACAUUUAUAGACUGUCUUUGGGCUGGUGAAGUGUAUAUAGAUCCCCUCCGACCUCCCUGCCCUUCACACACACACACACACACACACACACACACACAGAGCCACAUCUGAUCCCUAUAUUGAUGAGAUUCUAUUUUCACUAGUAUCCUAAAUGUCAUUGAGAUGAAUGUUGCCUAUAGAAGUAAUGUUUACAUUCUUAAUGCUGGCCUGAGAUAAUCGAGGUUAUAUUGUUUUGUGGUUGUAGGCUACCGAUCAUUUAUGAAGCUUGUAAGAAAACGUUUAAGAGGAGGUGGGGUGGGAGACGAGAGUGCAGAUCUCACUUUUCCAUGUUUUGAGGUCCAAUCUGUUUUGUGUUCUAAUCAUCUUUGGCAAUCAUUAAAACCACUAGCCUCAAUGGAGCAAUAUACUGUAUAUAGACAUAUAUAGCCCCAAAUGAGGAAUCUGGAAGUCAUCAAUCUUCCUCUGUACUAGUUCUUUUUCUUCGGUCUCAGUCUCGAACUGGAUACAAACUCGUUGAAAGAGACAGGUUGGAAUGGGGAAUAAAAUGCACACAUACUCAAAAAAAGAAUUGUGAUGACAGCCUUAAAGUACUGUGUAACCCUGUGUUUAAACUGAGCCCCAGGCUCCCGUGUUUUAUUGGCUUUUAUUUGAUCAUUAAGUUAACAUUAGAACAUUAUGAACAUUCUCCGCCACACAAGCUUUGACGCUCAGUGCCAACUCUAUUCUAUGGUUUGUGUUUAAUGUUUUUCUUUCCAAGUGCUGACACACUUCUCCAAAGGGAGAGACAAACACUACGCGAAGAUAGGCCCUCAAAAUGUGUCACAUCGACACAAAAUGUAACCAUGGGAGAUUCUCCCCGGAAGAUGACACCUUUAACAGGUGUACAACAUCACUGGGUGCUUCGUGUUCAUGCAUGUGAUGUGAACAUAUGGGACGUGACGCUUGGAAGAUUAAAGUAUCCUCGCGAUGCAACGUUGAUCCGUUGGCAUUGUAUUCAUUUCCUUUGUGCAUACAAGACGGACUACAAAACUAUUUGUGUUUGCAACAUAACAGAGGUAUGUUGGGGAGGAUAAAGUCGAGAUCAUCUGUGUUCAGGCAGAUGCCGUGUCCGUUUCCAGAUCACACGUGACCCAGUGCUCUUUGUGUGUGUGCAGUUUCACGUCCACGCAGAACAUGGCUGGGUGUGUCGCUGCACCGGGAUUUCCUUUGGCUACGUUUAAGUGUGUUGCACGCAAAUAUUAUGUGAGAACAAAUUCAAACCACACAGCACGGUAUCUGAAUACUAACUACUAGGUUUCUCACUGCCCCGCUUUUGUAAAUGAAAGACAAUAAGCGAACUUGCUUUUGGGAUAUUGUAGUGUUUAUCAACCCUUUGUGGACAUUUGAUGGCACAAACUUUCUUUUUUUAUAGAACAUUAGGGCUUUAUCAUCAAGGUUAUUCUGUUUUGACUUUACUUUCUUAUUUGCAUAGCUUUGGAAUGUAAAUUGUUAUAUAAGUGUGAUAUUGAAGGCUUGACUUAUGUUAAUAUUUUAUUUGUUUGAUUUUGAAUUCUGUUUUCUAAGAUGUAAAAAUAUAGGCCUCUCUUUGAGAAUAUAAUUGUUUUUUAAUAGAUUUUUAAUGAUGAAAUGGGUGGUUUAGAGAGAGUUCCUCGAUGUUUUUGCCUAUUAGGCAUUAUAAUUAUACGACCAGAUUAAACAUACAUUCCAAAGUUGCAUAAACCUGCUUGUAUCUAGUGGAUUCUUCAAGAACCAACUGGGCUCAUGUGGAGCAAGGAACAACAUUAGAUUUUUUUUCUUAGAUUUAACUUAUAUGCUGAUGUUCUGUCCACAGGGUCUUUCAUUGCUUUAAAUAAAUUAGAGCCCGGGUUGAUGUAGAAUGAGAUGUAGACAAAUGUAUCAAAGGUAUGAGGAAUACGAUUGUACCUUUCUGCAGCAAAGAUGUUUUUGUAAAAAAAAAAAAAUACAAACAUCUGUGACAUCUGUUACAACAUGCAGUAGCCUAAGUGCCACCAGUCAGCUAGAGAGACAGAUUUGGCGUUGGGCUUCAUGUGUUUGCUUUGAAAGUUCAAGCCUCUAUAAAUCAGACAAAUAAAUCUUGCAACAAUUUUUUUUGGAAAAUAAAACGAUAGUCGUACAAUUUGAUGCGGAAGGACAAUAUCAUAGGGCCUAUUUAAUACUUCACACAGUUAACCCCAUUGUGGGGAGGCUUGGAUGUCCAGCCAGCGGGGCUCUGAUAAUGUAUUGGCUCCCGGGACCGCAGAGUCAGGAACUCUCGUCAGUCGAGCAGACACACAGCGGACGGUGGGGGGAACGGAGGCAAAAGGGAUUCUUCUUUGGUUGAUUCUGUUUGUUUUUUUGACAUUGAAAAACCAUUGUGUAAGUGUCCUACAGAGUACCUUUGGAACAUUGAAAUAAUUAUUAAAAAAUAUAUGAAAAAGGAA